AUAGUAUGAGCCACGCCCAUUUACAAUGGCAUUAUUGGUUGAAAGUCCAAAGCAUCAGUUAACGUGUAGACGAGUGAAGGAUUCUUUGGCUAAACUGUAUAACACAAUACAGACUUGGAACAGUCUCUCUUCUUCCUCUUUUGAUGCUCUCAAUAAAUUAGCUAACGUCAUCAUUGAAGAAGAAUGUUUACUGGCAACAGGCACCAGUAUUUCAAGUGUAGGGGAAACCAGAAUAAGAUUACAUGGAAAAAUAAUAGAGAAAAGGGAGGAAUUAUAUGUACAAUUACAACAAUUAUUAACAGCAAUGGGCAGUGUUGUUAGUAGAAUUGGUGAUAUAUUAAUUGGCAUGAGAGCAUCAGUUGAGUUGUUAGUAAACCUUGAUGAGCAAGACACUCCGUUAUUUAACACUUUGCCAAUAACUUCUAUCAGUGAAGGUGUUGAAGAUGUCUAUCAGUGCUACAGUGAGGAGCAUUAUCUUCGUAGGAGAAUAUUAAAUGACAUUUAUAAGGAGAAGGACAGAGACACACGAACAGUAUAUCUGUCAUGUUGGCUGCAUGAGCCUUGCAUUAGUGAGGACAUGAAGAUGAAACUCUCAUCACUUCUGACUGAUAGUGGCCUUAAAGAUUGAAAUAAUGGAAAGAAGAGAACACACUUUAAUCAUUGAAAAAUGACCAGCAAUCGCUGCAGAUAUUGAAGUAAAAUGUGUCAUUGUCUAAAUUAUGUUAAUUAUUUUGCAAAUU